GAUGGCUGCCGAGCACAGUAGCCCCGGCCAGCGUGACAGCAGAUGCUCCAUGAGGCAGGGCUCCUCGCCGGCUGACCGCUGGGGUGGGCCGGGCCGCUGGGAAGGCGGGCAGAGCUCCCGCUACAACCACCGCGCCGGGACGCCGCUACGGCGCCGGGUCGGGCUGAAGCCGGGCACAGGAGACGGAAAGCCCUCCCGCGGAGGACGGAGGGGGAACCCACCCGGCCCGGCGGUCCCACAGCCCGCUCCGGAGCCUCAAGCGCAGCCGGAGUCGGCCCCGGUCGCCCCCUCCCCACCGCCGCCCGUGCUCUCUCCUCAGGCGGCCCCUUCCCGCCUCGCAACGGCCCCCCGCGCGCCGCCACCGCGCGCCGCGCCCCCCCCCCGACCCCGCGCCAACCGGGCGAGGGGAGGGGCGAGGGCGGGGCGCCCCCGCGCGCGUGCCUCGCCGCGGCCCCCACUCACCGCCCGGCGGGCGCUCUCCGGCCUCACAACUGCAGCGGCGGCGGCGGCAGCCGGCACGGCACGGCCCGGAGGCGGAAGCGGCGGCAGGAAGUGAGGCAUGCAUGUAUGGCAGAAGUGAAGCAAGUACAGGUGUUUCUCUGAACUGGACCUCUGGAACAUCAGAGGCAUGGGGCCCUUUCCUACCUCCAUCCUGACCUUCAACAUUAAGACAGGAGUGGCAACACAUAUUGGUA